ACAGUCAAGUGAUUGGCACAAGCUGAUCAUGUUGAUCCAGGCACAAAUGUAAAAAAUGAGGAAGAGAGAGAUCUGGUUAAUAAGUAAUUCCUCGUCAUAAUGCAGGAUUGAACAAACAGUACAGUUUCCCAACAGAAAGGAUAGUAUCUCAGCUUAAACGCCCUCCAGCCUGAGUAUAUUAUUUCUUCCUCUUACCAAAAGAAUAUGAAAAAUGAGAAGAGUCAGGAAGCACAGACGCAUCCUUCCAGGUGUCCAGACAACAGUGCCUUCAAACAGCAGAAGCUGCCGGCUUGGAAGCCCCAGCUCACUCUUGCAACUGUGCUCUCCAGCUUCUUUGUCACUGGAGUGUUCUGCCUUUCUGCAGGAGUCUGUCUCAUACUGUCUUCAAACAGUGUCAGAGAGAUCCAGAUUAACUAUUCAGAUAAAUGCUCAGAUUGUUCAAAACUUCGUGAAAAUUCCUCUAAUUGGAAUAAUGAAUGCUACUGCUCUGUUGACUUCAUGCUAAAGGAAGAUAUGCUGGGUGAUGUUUUUAUGUACUAUGGCCUGCAAAACUUUUAUCAGAAUCACCGUCGAUACAUGAUAUCAAGAAGUGAUGCACAAUUGUUGGGUCGAGAUGUAAAUAUUCAGAAGAGCUACUGCGCGCCUUUCACGACUUACCAAAAUGGAACGCCAAUGGCUCCGUGUGGUGCUAUUGCCAACAGCAUGUUCAAUGAUACUAUUACUCUUUUUUACAAUUUUAACUCAUCUGUUACUCAAGUCCCACUGCUGAAAACUGGAAACAGUUGGUGGACAGAUAAAAACGUGAAAUUUCGCAAUCCAAAGUCACCCAGUCUUUCUUCUGCAUUUGCAGGGACAGCAAGACCUCCUUAUUGGCAGAAACCAGUAUAUUUGUUAGACGAGGAAGAUGAAAGGAACAACGGUUACGUGAACGAUGAUUUCAUUAUCUGGAUGCGAGUGUCAGCCUUUCCUACAUUCAGAAAUCUUUACCGUCGUAUCAGCCGCACAAAGCAGUUUGCUGAUGGCCUCCCAGCCGGGAAUUACACUUUUCAUAUUUCCUAUAAUUUCCCUGUUAGCAAAUUUAAGGGGAAGAAGUAUGUGAUUCUUUCAACUGUGGUAUGGAGUGGAGGAAGUAACCCAUUCUUGGGAAUUGCCUACACGGUUUGUGGCACAGCAGCAACCCUGAUGGGUUUUGUUAUAACUGCCAUCCACUUAAAGCUCAGAAAAAAGAAAACAUACUUCCAGAAAUAAGAAGAUCCCUGGCUUUCUGAACAAAACCAAAGGUGUGCUGUGAACAAAGAAGAGGCAGCACAGACUUCGUUUCUUUCCCCUGUGGUCUGGAUCUGCUUCACAAAUGGAUGUGGUGAACAUAAGUGAAUUAAGGGGCGUGCUCAUGUGCCACCUCAAGUGAACAGUUGUCUAGAGCUAUGUUCUUAUUAACAUAUGUGUGCUCCUAAAUGUAUGUUUCCCAGGAAACUUUUAAUCAGAUGAGCUUGAAACAACAGAUAGCUUAGUGAUUUGGAAUUGCCAGGGUGAAGAAAUUAUAUGGUACUAAAGUUUGGACAGAAGUCAAGAUCCUUAUUCAUUUCCUACUUUGCCCUUAAUUCAAUGUUUCUGUUGACUUAAAUAGGAUUUUUGGACUGGUAAAAAGUGAAGUCUUGAUCCAAAAGAAAGACUUGAGUGGGUAGAAUUUACUGCUGAUGUCUGUACAUGUGCAUGGGCUGAAUGGCUUGGAGCAGGUUUUGUAUAAAGAUCUGCUAUCUUGACAAAACGACUUUCUUAUUCGCAUGUUGGUAAGGCAUAUUCAUCAUACUUUGAUAUUUGAUUUAUAAUUUAAUACAGGACUUUUUUAGG